AUGUCAGGAUGGAACACUAUUGAGAGCGACGCCGGCGUCUUCACUUACCUCAUCGAGUCCCUGGGUGUCCAGAAGGUGCAGUUCGAAGAGCUCAUAUCGCUCGACCCAGAGGCACUUCAACAGCUGAACCCCAUCGGAGUCAUCUUCCUGUUCAAGUAUCCGACAGACCAGAAGCCUAAGCGGGACACGCCUCGUGACGGCGAGUUCGACUAUGCAGCACUAGAAAACCAGGACGAGCCGCUGUGGUUUGCAGCGCAGACGAUUCAGAAUGCAUGCGGGACACAGGCUCUGCUUAGCGUGCUCCUCAACAAGGACAACAAGGAAGACGGCGGAGUCGAGAUUGGGCAGAACUUGAAGGAGUUCAAGGAGUUCACGGCGUCUUUCCCAGCUGAGUUCCGGGGCGAGGCACUCUCCAACUCGGACCUGAUCAGAGAAACCCACAACUCCUUCGCCCGCUCAUCGCCUUUUGUAUCCGACGAGACACGACUUGCCACCGCGGACGAUGAUGUCUACCAUUUCAUUGCAUACACGAGCAUCAACAGCACACUCUACGAGUUGGACGGCUUGCAGCCAGCGCCGAUCAGGCACGGCGAUGCAGGAGCCUGUCCCCCGGAAAUAUUCUCAGAUGCGGUCAUACCUGUGCUGCAGCGACGAAUUGAGCGAUACCCGCAGACUGAGAUUCGAUUCAAUCUGCUUGCCAUUUGCGAGGACUUGAGGUCAAGAGCGAGAGAGGUGGGCGAUGAGGAAUGGCUGGCACGAGAAGAGCAGAAGAGACGCGAUUGGCAGUGGGAGAACGCGCUGCGGAGGCACAAUUUUGUCGGCUUCAUUGGGGAGCUAACAAAGGGCGUCGCUGGCAAGAAGCUCAAGGAUGGCACAUACGACAAAUGGAUCGAGGAUGCUAAGUCCGCCACCAAGAAGAGAGUAUCGGAUCACGAGAAGCGCGGCCAGGGCGGCGACGACAUGGACUUGUCGUGAGCUGCCGAGACGCCAUGGAUGCCACGAGACAACGAGCUAAGAGGGACAGAUAUCCGGAAGCGCGCCCGCCAUCGUCUGUGCUGCAGAUGCCGCCGAGAACUGAUAGCACCUGUAGUAGCACCGAAGACGUUCGGUUUGAGCUCGCUUCCCAAAUUUGCAGAGGGGAUGCUGACUACCUCCUAUUGCCGCUGUACAUUCGUCUCGUGCUGUAGCAAUAAUGCUAUGGUGCAGCACAAGUAUGGUAUUUUCGAGACUCCAGUGACGUCCACCCAUCGACGGUAGACCAGCUACCUCCUACACGUAGGUAGGAUCGGUCUUCAUGGAUGCAGAGAGCCUGUGAAGUCAUCUGCAUAAGGUAGAUCGAGUUUGACAAUGGUAACUGGCGGACACACUUGAUUAUAGCAAGAUCAAAAGCAAGCGCCUAGAUCGAGACCCGCCCCUUUCAACCUUGCAGCCUUGUGGAUAGAGAGCCUUGGGCUCAUUCCCAUCAACUACCCUAUAGGCAGUCGGUAUUCAAAGCAAGACAGAUUUCCGGGAAUCUAUCAUCGGUGUCUGGAAUUUGCCUGGGCCCGAAUAUCUUCCGCCUCAGAACAUCUCUCUUGGCAGCUCCUCUAGCCUCACGGUAUACGUCAGGCCCUGUGAAAACCUCAAGACUGAAUAGCAAGAUCUGAGACCAGACGUGGAUGUGAGCAGCCGACAUGAGGAAUAUUCCAUCACUUGGAAAGAGUUGGCGUCUCCUUUGAAACACCCAAGCCGUUGCCCGCUCUCCGAGAAAAGCGUCGACAUUCUUUCUCUCUCUCCCAUCGGAAAAAAAAGAAGAACCCUCUUCUCACAAGCCUCUACCUUAGCGACUCACGAAGUGCGAACAUCUGAACCAUUGGUUUUAGCCCCUCUCAAUCGAACCAAUCGCUUCUAUUUUCGCCGACACUUUUCUUCUAUGGAAUCACCCGACCGACCCGAUCAAUCACACCCUUUAGCCUUUAGGUAUGCUAUGCUGUUUCGCAAUUCGGAGGGUCUGGGGUCCACGCACGCUCUCCGACCGACUGACUGACAUGUUUCACCGUGAUCGCUCGCUCGCUUCCGAGUGCCGACGACGAGCAGCGAAACUGGGACAGCGACUGCAAUGGGGCGGGCAACUCUUGUCUCUGAUGCUGCCACCCCCCCAGAGAGACUUGCGCUGUCGCCAACAUGCCAUGCCACGCCAGUUCUUCUAGCUUCGGGAAAUGCGACAAAGGGAAUGAGAUAUUUUGGAAUCGAUGAGUGGAUACGUAGCGAUUGUAAGUAAUAGUAGUGAGCAAAGAUGGUAAGGUAAGGUAAAGUAUGUAAGGUAUGUAAGGUAUAUAUAAAAGAUCAAGCUGGCGACACCC